AUGACAAAGUCAGGAAAAGCAAAGGCCGUCGUGAACGGCACCACGCUGGCGGAGGCGACGGAGUGGGAGGAGGUCGAGGGCAACGUCUAUUUCCCGCCGUCGGCGGUGAAGACGGAGGCGUUUGAGAAGACGGACACGACGACGUUUUGUCCUUGGAAGGGGACUGCAAAUUAUUACUCGCUCAAUGUCGGAGGUGAGUUUCAUGGUCAUUCGGAUGACAAGCUCAAGGACGCAGCUUGGUAUUAUCCCACGCCCAAGGAUGGAGCCAAGGAGAUCAAGGACCAUGUUGCCUUUUACAAGAGUAAGGUGACUGUCACCGUCGAGUAG